AUUUAAGAUACUCUCCAGAAAACCAGAAAAUCCAGAAAUCCGAGACACUUCUAGUACCAAGAAUGCCGAAUAUGGUUCGGCACAAUUAACUGAUAAGAGUAUUAAGGACAGAGUUAUCUGCCCCAUACUUCCGAUAUUAUCAUUUCCCGCCUUAUUUAAAUCGAGACCAAAUAAGAUAGAAAAAGGAAAUCGUAAAACGAAAAUGCCAUCUGCUGGAAACCCAACACUUUAAAGUCUGUUGUAGAUGGUCUCAAGCGAGAAGUGUCAAUCGUCAAGUGCACAAGCCAGGAGUUUAAAAAUAUUAACAAUGAGUAAAACAAAUGCUGUGAAUAAACUUGCCAGAAAUUACAGCCUGAGUAAAACGCAAUUAACUCCGAUAAUAAAAGAAGAAAAUGUCAAACAACCAGAAAGAGAAAUUCCUGCGUCUCCCACUUCAGAUAAAGAAAUGUCUCCCGCAAAUGACUCAUCGUUUCUGAGUAUCGAAGAUCUUAUGCUGUCCCAGACUUACAACCCAAAUAGUGAUGUGGCCUGGCAAGUUGCUUCCCCAGAGGUUUUGCGUAAAAUCCACAAAGCUAUUAUACAAGACCAAAAAUUGAGGAAGAAGAAAAGCGCUACUUUGAAUAAAGAUGAAAAGGAUGCCCAGCAAGCUGUUGAAAAACCAAUGGUCAACACUCCUGUAAUAGCUAGACCAAAGUGGAGAGUGAAAAUGAAGAAAAAAGUUAGUUCCAGAAUUGAAGACACUAUUAAAACAAUUGAAAUGAAGAUGAAGUCCGAUAAAGACCUAGCCUGUUGUGGAAUGCCUUCACAAAGAAAUCCUACAAGCCCGAGUAGCGAUCUUUUGUGUUCCGAAGCUUGCAAUUCACACAGUUCCGAACAUUGUCCCAGUUCUGAGAAAGAUUCUGAUCACUUUGAUGAGAUUAAGAAGGCAACUUCAGAUGAUAACAUUGUUAGAGAAUCAGAAACUCAUUUGCUUUCCGACGAAGAAAUUGCUUGGAGUGAAGAGGAGCUGUUAUGUGAAUCUGUUGUGGAAACUGCUUUAGUCAACGAGUCCAUUGUUAAUUCAACAGAAAAUUCUUCGGCAAUUCGAAGUAGUAAUGAAAACAUUGGAAAUUCCAAGAUUCAAAAUAAUCUCAAGGAUACAGAUCAAUCUAGCUGCCAGAAAACGUGCCUAAGCAAAGGGAGAACUCCUUCAAAAAUUCAGAAGGGAAUUUGCUCAGAAAAUCCAUCUUCUGUUUCUGAAGAUAUGAAUUUAUCUGAUACGGACAUUGACGAGAUGCUUUCACAGUUACAGGAAACAGAUUUUGUUUCGUCUGACGCGUCUGAAAGUACCGUGAAUGUCAACUCUGAAACGCCUCCCCAGGACCCUGUUCCUUUAGACCUGCAACAAAACCAUAACACUCGAGUAACAAGAUCAAUGGUUAAAAAAACAAAUGUACAAGUUUUAGACAGUUCAGACCAAGUUAAUCAAAAGUCUUUAACAAAAAAUAACAAGAACAGAACUAAUGAAAGUGAUACAGCACUAAGAAAAGCGUACCUCCUAAGAAAUUCGACUGUGCAACAAACAGAAACUGGGGUCAGUUCUAAGGCAUCGGUUCCAGUUAGCAACAAUGCCCAGCAACACUAUUUGUCUGCGCCUAAACGUGGUGAAGACCUGUUUGAUGAUUCAGAAAUUACUGAUGAAUUGCUGGUCGGUGUCUACGAAGACAUGUUUAAGGAUGACAUGGAAGAUGAUAACAGCACUGCUGUCAACCAAAUCUCUGAACCAAAGGUACGGAAAGUGAAGAAUGAAGUGUGUUCCAAAGAAGAGAUUGAAAGGAAAAAAUUAGAAGCCUUGAAAAGACGAAAUAAUUACAGAUCAAAGACUAAAAGAAAAUGAAUUAGCUAAAAUCUAUACUCAAUAUUUUAUUUAUUUUGUGUGUGUGUGUACAUGUGUGUAUGUGUGUGCUCAUGCGUGCAGUCUAACAUGCAUAAAUUGAAAUUACUUAAAGCUAUAACCAUAAAGGGUUAUUUGUUGUGUUAAGCUCAUCCCUUACUUGUUGAUCUUUUCCAUUUCUUUGUUAUUCGCAUUAAAGUGUUUUGAAUUUUCUUUUUACUUUCUCCUCUCCUCUUCUCUCUCUCCCUCCCUCCCUCUCUCUCGCUCUUUCUCUCAUGGAAAAAUCAAAAAAUUAAGACCAAAAUUUUAAAAUUCAUUUUUUUCAAGUCAGCCAAGAAUGAAGCUGCUGCUCUCAAUGGUACCUAACCAAACUAAAUGCUAAUUUGUAAUUACUUCUUCUAAAAAGAAAAAGAGAAAAAUUGUUUUGGUACAGCUCCACAGGUGUGGAUGUAUGGUAAGCAGCUUGCUUCCCAACCACGUAGUUCCGGGUUCAGUCCCACUGUGUUGUCACCUUGAGCUAGCGUCUUCGACUAUAGCCUAAGGUUGACCAAAACCCAAGUGAAUGUGGUAGGCGGAAACUGAAAGAAGGCCAUUGUAUAUGUGUGUGUAAAAAGCUUGCUUUGUAAUCACAUGGCUCCUGUUACAGUCUUACUGUGUGGCACCUUUGGCAAAUGUCUUCUAGAUUAGCUUCAGGCUGAUCAAAUCCUUCUGAGUGGAUCUGGUAAGACGGAAACUGAAAGAAGCCCAUUGUAUGUGUGUGCGUGUGUAAAAGAAGCUUGCUUCCCAACUACAUGGUUCUGGUUCCAGUCCCACUGCAUGGCACUUUAGUCUAGUGUCUAUAGACUGAAGCAAGCAAAUAAUAAAAGAUUGUCGUCAAAUGCUGACAAAGGUGGUUGACAAACCAUGUAUACUAUGUACAUUAUUAAUGAAUAUAAUAAAUUACUAAUAACCCACUCUAAUAUCUAACCUUCAGCUUUGUACUUCAUCAUCAUCAUCAUUUAAUAUCCGCUUUCCAUGCUAGCAUGGGUUGGACGAUUUGACCGAGGACUGGCAAACCAGAUGGCUGCACCAGACUCCAAUUUGAUCUGGCAGAAUUUCUACAGCUU